AUGCUAUCAUAUUAUGAAGAGAAUAAUAUACAAUUACCCGAAGCUUUGGCAAAUAUCAAGAACCAAAUCUUCCCAACUUUUUGUCCAAUUCCCACAAAAUGUAAUACAUCAAUUAAUAAUCCAUCACUUGAAUUAGUUGAUCAACAAGUGUUUUUCGACAAUAUACAAGAUGAAAAACAUCAACCAUCAAUUUCAAUUACGGACUCACAAGAUUUUCCUAAUUCUAAAGAAGUUGGCACUCAAACUGAAUCGAAUAUAUUAUUAUCAAUAGUUGAUAUUGAUCAAAGGUAAAAACCAAUAGUUAUGGCUGAUUGUAACUAACCGACAAAAUAUUAUCGUACUCCAGCAAUUGGUACAAAGAAGAGAAAGAAGAAGUGCUCAUCGAAGCCUUCUAAGUGGAUACCGCAACAUAUUUUGUCCACAACAAUUUCUGUUAUUGGUAAACAAUACAACUAUUGGUCAACAUUUUAUUUCAACAAUUCAUGUCUUUAUGCUUUUGGGAAGUUCUUAUUAAUUAUUCAUUCUGAUAUUGUGAUACAUUACCAUCUAUUAACAGACUCAACAACUACAGAUAAUAUUAAUUCUACGACAACCACAAAAUUACAUAUGGUUUCAAUUAAUGUUAUAUGUCAAGGUGCUAUUGCAUUAUUCUUCGGUAUUCUGCCAUUGUCUUCCAUCUUAAAUGGACCUAACCGAUCUUCGUUUGAAUUAUGGUUUUAUCCAUUUACUGUUCCAUAAUUUCAUCUUCGAACUUCAACUAUACACACUGGAAUGGACCUCGGUAUCGGUAUGAAAAUUUUCAAUUAGCUACUAUGAAUCGCUUCGAAUAAAUCAACAAAUUAGGUUAUUGAACGUUAACAUCAUAUACAUCCAUUAAGUCUACAUUAAAAAUGCAAAUGUGUCAAGAAUCCGGAUUAUUGCAUAAAUGACAUCUUAUAAUACAAACAGCAAAUACAAGUUUCCAAGUGAUCAUUCAAGUAAUUUUCAACUAUGUGAGUCGCAUAUAUAGGAAGUAGGUGGCAGAUGCUUCCCGGCUCUCUCCGUAGUUAAAAUUAGAUUUUCAAAGUUUUCUUAGUAGAAAAACUGUGACGUGUUUUCUUGUCGAGACUGUCGUUUUUAUUUUUGUUAUUGUUGUAAUGAUGAGCGGGACGCUUCAUCUUGUGGCAUGGGAAGUGUUAAGUAGUAAUGACAACUGUUUUUCUUUUCGUUCUGUUCAUCAUAUAUGUGUAUCUUCUCCUUUUCUCAUAUACAUAUGUCACUUUCUUCUUUCUGUUCUAUAGCUAGGUAUUUUCCUCCUUUCACUUUCGGUUGGUAUUUUUUAAUGUUAGCGCUCACUAGGAUUUUACUUAUAUCUUAUGUGGAUAUUUCCAACAUGUCGUGUUAUUCAUCAUCGUAUAUAUAAUUGUGAUUCUCUGAUAAUAAAUAAGAAAGAUACCGAGUGGUAGUGUGAAAUCAUCUUUGUUCAAUAACAUAUUGGACUUGAGAAAAUGUCAAACCUAACACACUAUACAAACCAUCCAGAAAAUGGAAGAAUGGUUUAUUAUAGAUGCAACAAAGCCAAACUUCGUGGAUCUCAAUGCAGUCUAAGUAUUUAUCUGCUAUAUCAUGCAGACAAUGAUAAAGUUACCGUUUAUAAAAAUGAAGCUGAGCACAAUCAUCAUGUUGACAAAGUUCGUGGUAUUGAUGAAAAUGUUAAAAAAUGCAUAGAAGAAUUAUAUAAUGAUGGCAUAAUGAAGCCAAAAUAAAUUAUUCGAACACUUCAAGAAAGAAAAGUAAAGAUACCAACGUAUACACAACUGAAGAAUUAUGUUGUAUAUUAUAAAAAAAAGCUUGUUAGCGCAGCCCCUUUAGGGUUGAAAUGUGGAACUCACAUAUGUCCACUAGCCUCAUUCAACUAAUACAAAAAACGUAAAACGAAAAACCUCUCGUAAACAAUGAUUGUUUUGCAGGAUAAUCAAUCACAGAAGUAAAAAAUUCUCCAAUUUCUGCAUUUCGAACAAAAUUUUUUAAUUUUUUUCUACGGGGGCCCAAUUUUUUGUUUUCAUUGUUGCUAUUCGCUCAUUAUUUUUCAUUUUUUUUAAAUUCGUCUUUCUUAAUUUAUCAUUCUUAUUAUUAUAAUCAUUGAAUUAAUUGACAAAUAAGUGUGCUUUACAUAUCUAUGGUAUCACACCAGAUCUAACACACUAUCAUAUAUAUUAAUCAAGUCAUAAAUAAUGAUAUUCAUUAUUUUUCAAAAUUAUAACUUGAUCAAUUUUCCAAAAAAGAAUAUAGAAAACAGAGAUGUGCGAUUCACGGGUUUCAACCCGCGGGGCCACGUGGCGAUGGACGGGUGAGGCCAGAAUCUUGGAGAUCUGCACGGGUUCGGGUAAUGCAGACACACGGGCGAUCCGGAGCGGGUAAAGCAGUGAAACGAAACAUACAAGGCUCAGGCGGGCGGGGAGUGAUGUGCACAGGACGGGCGAGGUGUAAAAUUUUUCUUGGAGACCGUUUCGGACGGUAAAAAGCUUUGAAGAGAUUUGAUUCUCUCAUGCAUCUAGGAAGCGACGCAUAUUGAUGACUAAUCCCUUAUUUUUGGCCUAUAGAAAGCGGUUUGGCUUCGUGAUUUGUUUGUUUCAUAUUGUUUUUCAUACAGAACGCUGAUCGAUACGUGAAAAAGUGAUUACAGUUCAUUUGAUUCUUAGAUCGAUCUUUGACAUAGACCUCAUCGUUAUCAAUAUCCGACAUCCAAAGUUAUAAAUUAUUUUCAGAUGAACCCUCAUAUAAACGAUCUCACUAAAAACUGCUCAUUGUUACUCAAUUGCUUGCAGUUACUUCUUUAAGGCUCAAUGGAUGGUGUGAACUAUGUAGAAUACAUAGGCUAUCUGAUCUCCGCGAAAGAGAAACAGGAAAAAAUACAAUUGUUUAAAAUCACAGAACAAAUAUUGCAACACUAUCUCCAUGAUAGAUUCCAUUUGUCACUGCUGCAGUAAAAGAUGAAAGUCAUCGCCAUCACGUCACUGGAAAAUUUGCAGCAUAUAUUUCUUGUAAUCCUACUGACGCAUAAGCAAACAAUCAACUAAACUACUUAAAGUCCCCCCCCCCCCCCAGCAACCACCCUCUCCCACACUUUAAUCCACAUCUAUCUUUAUCGUAUCUGAAUUGGAUUGAGCUUAUAUCUG